CGUCGAGAUGGGUUGUACCAAGAUAUUUUUACGUCUCUCUGCCUAAUGAUUGCAAUUUUAAAAUUAAAGUCACCGCCAACGAGUUUACACCGUAACGCAAGUGUGUGCGUAGUGUUGACAGUGAAAGAAUAACAUAAUUAAAGAGACAACACAACACUUUUAAAAUGUGCUGGUGUAUUCGUAUGGCGUAAUGUUCACUCAAGGUGUUUAAAAAUCGGGAAAUGGCUUUGUUGAAAAACAAAAUGCAAAGAUGCAGAAACCCAAAAAUGAUGGCUGUUACCAGUAGAAUGCUCUUUACGUUACUAUUUUUACUCCAAAACAGAGCAAAUGGUUGCAAGAGUUUAGCCUCAAACUCAAACAUCGAAUCUAAAGAAUUGUCACACUUAGAUUCAAGCCAGAUUUCACAAAAUAAAUUAGAUUUUAGCGUAACUAAAAAUGGUGCUGGAACAAUAAGAAAGCAAGGCACUGACUUAGAUAUAAAAUCAAUCAAACGUCCAAAUUUUAGCAAUAUAGAACAAAUAAAAGACAUAUUUGAAGAUUCUCAUUACGAAUCCAGCCAUCGUUACAAGCGAAAAGCUCCAGACAGGAGUCUUUCCAACCUUUUCAAACAACUCAAUGAAGAAUUGAAGAAAGAUGAUCUUAUGGCAGCUGACGCCAAUCCUAGGUUAGAACCAAAUUACACAGGAACACCAAAGAAAAUGAACGAAGAUUCGCAUUUUGGUGGGAUUAACACUGAACAACUUUACAACAAAAAGAACGACAAAAUUCGACAACUGCAUCUACAACACAACGAGGAAAAAGUUAAAAUUGUGGAACCAAAAUUGGACACGGAUUGUGAUUUUGAAACGGAGUGCACUUGGACUUGGAGGAAGGACAUCGCCAAUGGGUUUUUCGUGACGUCAGGGGACAAACUCACCGCAAAUGAGACAGGACCUAAAGCGGAUGCAAGCUCAAACGCACUUGGAAAUUUCUUGUUGCUCCGACUAAGUUCACCAAUGACUUCAGAAUUUCUCCAUGUUACUAGUCCACUAUUUAGUCCUACUAGAAACUCCUGUCGGCUUCAGGUCUGGAUUUAUCAAGAAAAUAUGAACAACGCGGAAAUCCGCAUUGUGGGAGAUAAAACAACCAAUCAUUCGCAAUCUAUCAACAACCACACUCAAUGGCUUGUUGAACGGAUACGAGGAGAUAACAGCAAAAAGUGGCGAAAAUACGAAUCACCCUUGGGCAAAAUGUCUGAAAAUUUCACAAUAAUUCUCGAAGUUGUGCCAUCGCAGACAAUAACGCAAGGAGCUGUUGUAGCAUUUGACAAUAUCGCAUUGACACAUUGUUACCCUAAACUCGAUGAUACAUGCACACCCCACCAAUAUCGCUGCAAAUCUACCACAAACUGUAUCAAUAACACCAGUAUUUGUGAUAUAACACAAGAUUGUCUACUUGGUGACGACGAAACGCAAAAUUGCGAUGGUAUGCCCUAUGGGUCCCGUUGCACCUUUGAGGAAGACUGGUGCGGAUGGUACAAUGUCGAUGGUAGGGUUCUAGAAUGGACUCGACAUAAUGGUUCGACACCAACAAAUUUCACAGGGCCGAAUUAUGAUCAUACUUUUAAAAAUAGCACUGGAAAGUAUCUCUUCGUUAGUAUGCUGAAAGAAGAAGCAGGUUUUGCAAGUUCUGCCACACUUAGAAGUGUUAUUUUCAACCCUCCGCCAAGAGUGCACGGAAAUGUUUCUUCCAAGUAUUACAACUCGUGUGCUAUCAGGUUUUACCUCCACCAAACGGGUAAACACCGAAGUGGAAUCCAACUCCAAGUCACAGAACUAAAACCCACUGACAAUUAUUCAACGGAAAUUCUGUGGAGUUUUAUCGAUUAUGGCGAUAAGUGGAUACGACAAGUCUUCAUUUUGCCCAACAUAACACACAAGUAUUUCAUACAUUUCGAUGCUAAAAGAGGGUACAGAUAUAUUAGUGAUAUUGCAAUUGAUGAUGUCUCACUAAGUCCCGAAUGUUUCGGCUUGAAUAUACCCCCAGAGGAGCUCAACGGUUACAACUACUGGAAUCCUUAUGACGAGCAUGUCGGAGGGCGUGAAACUCACAAGCACUUUGUUAAUGAAACUAGUUACCACAUUACAACAUGUAGUGCAAAAGGUCGUUUUGGUCCCACUGAAAGGAACUGUGCAGUGGCGUACAAUAACACCAAAAUCAAAGUUAAAGUUUUGAGUGAACCUGGAUUGAGUGGGGUACAAAAAUGGACAUCACCAAGCGAUGGAUUUUAUACAUUUAUUCUAGUUGGGGCGAGUGGUGGUAAAGGAAGCGGUGCUAUGGGUUCAUCCAGAGGUGCAAUGGUAAGAGUGGUUCUGGAAUUAAGAAAAGGACAAGAAAUCUACACGUUGGUUGGUCAAGAAGGCACCAGUGCUUGUGUUAAGUCUCUUGGACAUGAGGGUAACUCAUCGUGUUCAUCCCCUAAAAAUGAUGAUAGGGUGAAAGGAAUUCGGGAGUUUCUAAAUAUGACUAUUAAUGAUGGUGGGGGUGGUGGAGGUGGAGCAACAUUCCUAUUUUUGCGCAACAAAAGUAGACAAUACAUCCCUAUUGCUGUAGCUGCUGGGGGUGGAGGUCUAGGUCUUGGCCGAUUUAUCGACACAGGGAGACAACAUGGACAAGCCAUCAACAUGUCGAAACCCCCUUUUACCGGCCGAAUGUAUGGAAAAAAUUCUGCUGGUGCUGGUGGUGGUUGGAAAAUGUUCCCCGGGAUUGUCCAUGUCGGUCAUAAACAGUUGAUGGGUCGUGCACUCCUCGAUGGUGGUGGUAUUGGUGGGAGAGCGUGUUACAACUCUACCGAUGAGCGUGGAUAUGGAGGGUUUGGUGGUGGGGGUGGUGGGUGUAGAUCCGGAGGUGGUGGUGGAGGAUAUGCAGGAGGGGAUGCUACAUCAACUAAUACGACGAAUGGUGAAGGAGGAUACUCUUUUAUUGAUCCAAGUAGGACUGUGUUGAACCUGUCGGAAGCACAUUCGGGGUAUAAUGCUGGUCCUGGGUCGGUUUUAAUCAUUCCUGCAAUACCGGGAUGUGAUUGCAACUAUCGAUGUGUGGCGUUGGAUUCGAGAAAAUCUCUAACUGCUUGUAUUUGUCCCAAGAAUUGGAAGCUUGAUGCCGACGGCAAGACGUGUAUCACUGUUCCAGAAAACGCAGCAGGAGACGCUACUUCUUGGAUCCUCAUCGUUUUGAUUAUCUCAGUGAUCUUCUUGACCACGUUAGUGGCGAUUAUUUGCUUCAUCCUAUAUAACAGAUACCAACAUCGAGCUUCUGGAAUUCUUCGCAGAAAGAUACUUUCUGGUGCUGACCUUCAGUUAGACCGCCUUCGUGUGGCUUCUGACAGCAUGAUGACCGAAUACAACCCAAAUUAUGAAUUCGGAGGAGUCGUUUACACUCUUAAGGACUUGAAAGAUAUCCCAAGAGAACAACUGCGACUUGUUAAGGCUAAUUCGGGCUCAAAUUCAAAUUUACAUUCAAUUGAAGACAACGUCGAUCUGAUAGCUUUGGGUCAAGGCGCUUUUGGAGAAGUCUACCAAGGGUUUUAUCGGCAAAGACCUUGCGAUACUGUUGAAAUGCCAGUUGCUGUAAAAACACUCCCUGAAAUGUCUACGUCUCAAGCUGAAAUGGAUUUCCUGAUGGAAGCUUUAAUUAUGUCGAAAUUUAAUCAUCCUAACAUUGUCCAUUUUAUUGGAGUUUGUUUUGAUAAACACCCGAGGUUUAUAGUUUUAGAACUAUUAGCCGGAGGCGACCUUAAGAACUUCCUAAGAGAGUCAAGACCGAAACCUGAACGUGGAAGUCCUCUAACCAUGAAAGAUUUAGUAUUAAUUUCGGUUGAUGUAGCAAAAGGUUGUAAAUAUUUGGAAGACAACAGGUUUAUCCAUCGAGAUAUAGCUGCAAGAAACUGUUUGUUGACUACUAAAGGACCAGGCCGUGUUGUUAAAAUCGCAGAUUUUGGUAUGUCUAGAGAUGUCUACAGGUCGGAUUAUUAUAGAAAAGGUGGUAAAGCAAUGCUUCCAAUAAAAUGGAUGCCUCCAGAAGCUUUCCUCGAUGGUAUUUUCACCAGUAAAACUGAUGUUUGGUCUUUUGGAGUGUUAUUGUGGGAGAUUAUGUCAAUGGGCUAUAUGCCUUAUACAGGGUGUGCAAAUAGAGAAGUCAUGCAACUUGUAACUAGUGGAGGACGUUUAGACCCUCCAGCCAACUGUCCAGGUCCUAUUUACGGCAUAAUGACGCAAUGUUGGCACCCAACCCCCGAACAGCGCCCCACUUUCGCCACGAUUUUAGAACGUCUUGGUUACUGCCUCCAAGACCCCCAAGUAAUGAACGCCCCUUUACCAGUUUUCAACCGCCCCCCAUCCAACGAACGCGACGCUACAGUCAUGCGACCAUUGAGCUCAGAUGAAAACUGCCUCCAAGUGGUACCCCAAUCCUCAGACUACUUGAUCCCCAACCAUACGACCGUUUCGAACCCGAUCGGUUCAUCAUCAUCGGUGGAAAAACUACUACCAGAGAAUUCGGACAGUUGGGAGACUUCCUUCAUCAUGCCCCAAUCUAGAUCAACUCAACCGCUCUUGCUCGAAUGCGAACCGAAAGACGAAGAGGGCGCCACCUCUAUGGAUAAAUUGGUGUCCAAUAGCAUGGUGGGCAAUCACAACAAUAACAUGAAAGACAUGAGCUCCCUCAAGUCUGGGAUUUCGUUAGAUGCUGGAGCUUUGGUUAAACAAUCCUUGACCCCCACUCAAAACAAAUACAGUUCUCUUUUGACAGGUGAUACCGUGACUGGUAACGGUGUUUUACAAAAUGGACCUGUUUCCCAAAACAAUUACCUAAAUGCAAAUGCCAGCAAAUUUUUAAAUGAAACGGAGAUAAAUUGUUAAAAAGAGUGUAACGAGGAGAUUUAUUGGGAUUUGCAUAUCUGUUGAGACGUACUGAUAUUUUUUUACCUAUUAUUUGAAAUACGAAAAAUGCAAUCAUUUUAAGCUCAUGAAAUUGGUUGUGCACUAAGAACUGUUCUCUUUUUGUUACAAACUUAAGUCUCAGUCGUGGGACACUCUUUGUAAACUAACUGUAAUGUGAUUUUUGUAUAAAAUUCAUUUGAUAAAUUUUGCUCAGUUAAAUAAAUGAGAAUAUUUUAUUGUAAACAGAGUAUAUUGUUAGAGUAACUAGUAAACGCGUAUGUAUUAAUACAGGGUAUUUUCAAAAAUACCGUUUUUUAAGUAUUUUAAAAUACCUUGUAUUUUAAUGUUAUCACUAUAUAAAAAUGAAGUAUUUAAGUCAUUUAUUUAUGUAUGAAUGAAACGUUGAAUGAAUGUUUUGUUUAAGUAUUUUAUACAUGUGCAAUAGUAUUGGAAACACUUUUUUUUAAAGAAAUGUUAUAAUAAACUGGUUGCGAUAGACCACUAAAAAUAAUAGAUGCUAUUUGUAGGAGAAACAUACAUAAGUAAUAAUGCUUUUGUUACUUAUUAUUACUGUUUACAUUUAGUAUUAUUUUUAUUACUAGAAGUUAGUGAAAAUAGCUCAAAAGUGUUUACUUAAUCCCUCCCCAUUAAAUUAUUAUUAUUAUUAAACUGUGUUGAAUCUUUUGUUUUUUGUAUUAUCCCAGGUGUAAUAUUUUGUAGUAUAUCAUAAAUGAAUAAAAAUAAUGCUUUAAGUAAUUUUAAGACAUGUACAUAAUGAGUGUAAUGGUAUCUCAAAAUGGAAUGUUCAUACUCUAGAGACUUAAGAACGAUUGUUUUAGAAAUGAAAAUGUGUCAAACAAUUUGUUGCUUCUAUUAUUAAGCUUGAUGUAAAUAUUAAGCUUUGAUUUUAAAUAUGAUAAUAUGUUAUUAUAAAUAAGACUGUUUUUAAAUACUUAUCUAAUUAAUAGAAACACAGUCUCAUUUCUGAAACAAUCAUUCACUCUGAUGUUACAUUUGAAAAUAGAGUUUGUUGUUUAUAUUUUGUGUUCAUGCCAAAAUAUAUUGAACACACUGUAUUCUAGUGUUACAUGAAAUAUAUAGGUGUUAACAUUG